UGUGGGGGCGCCUGCAUGGCAUUACCCCCCACGCAGGCUUCCUAUUGGCUGUCGCUCACCUCCAUCAGAGCGGAAGGAACACCUGCUCAGGUCGGUGACAAUCCAUCAGGUCUCCACCAAGAUCCCUGCAGGAGCAGACAAGCGAAGAUGGGCGAUGCUGCGCUGAGCAACAUGGCGGCGGCGGCCCACGUGACAAGCAUGCCACACCACAACGGGGACCCUCUGGCCUUCUCUCGUCUCACCAUUGACACGGCUUUGGCGGCCAGAAGGGGGGCGCAUGGAGGUGGAGCGCAAGAGGGACCCAGACCAGAGCCAAAGGCCAUACCGCUGAGGCCGCAGGUCGCCGCGACGACCGCCCUGGCUCCGGCCGAGCAGCUGUGGACCACCGGCAGGGACAAGGCGGUAAGGCUGAGGAUGGAGGACACGGGACCUGCGGCGGAGACUCCCCUCACCGUGCACCAGGCGUUCCUGGAGACGGUGCAGAGCUUCGGGGAUCACCCGGCCUUGGCCCACAAGGAGGACGGCCAGUGGGUGACGCUGAGCUGGAGUCGGUACUACGAGCGCUGUCGAGCGGCCGCCAAGAGCUUUCUGAAGCUGGGCCUGGAACGGUACCAUGGCGUGGGGAUCCUGGGGUUCAACGCCCCCGAGUGGUUCAUCGCAAACAUGGGCUGCAUUUUCGCCGGGGGCCUGGCGACAGGUAUUUACACCACCAACACACCUCCAGCUUGUCUGGAUGUGGCUGGAAACUCAGAAGCCAACAUCCUGGUCGUGGAGAACCAAAAGCAGCUUGAUAAAAUCCUGCAGAUCAAAAAUGAGCUGCCACAUCUUAAAGCAAUCGUCCAAUACAAAGGCGAGCUGCAGCAACAGCUACCAUCCCUCUAUACGUGGGCAGACUUCAUGAAGCUGGGCGAGGAUGUCCCUGACAAGGAGCUGGACGAUUCUAUCAACAGUCUCCGUGCUAACGAAUGCUGCACCCUCAUUUAUACGUCAGGAUCCACUGGGCCCCCAAAAGGGGUCAUGUUGAGCCACGACAACCUCACAUGGACAGCCGAAAGAGCAGGAAUUGAGGUCAACCUGAAAUACGCUGAGGAGAGUGUGGUCAGUUAUCUACCGCUCAGCCACGUGGCGGCACAAGUCAACGACAUGUACAUAACCCUGAGGUUUGGAGCCACCACCUACUUCGCAGAGCCGGAUGCCUUCAAGGGCUCAUUGGUAACAACGCUGAAAGAGGUGUCUCCCACCUCGUUCCUCGGAGUUCCUCGCGUUUGGGAGAAGAUGCACGAGAAAAUGAGGGCUGCCAGAGCCAAGGUGUCCCCGCUAAAGAAGAGUGUGGCCGACUGGGCCAAGUCCGUCGGAUUGCAGUACAACUACAGUGCCAUGAACGGGGAAAAUCGUGUUCCAUGGGGCUUCAUGCUGGCUAACCAAGUGGUCUUCAAGAAGGUGCAAGCUGCCUUGGGCCUUGGGCGCUGCAGGACUUUGUUUACAGGCUCGGCCCCCAUCUCCAAAGACACACUGAAUUAUUUUAUGAGUCUCAACAUGCCAUUGAUGGAACUUUAUGGCAUGAGUGAAAGCUGUGGUCCACACACCAUCUCCACAAAUGCGGACUACCAGAUCGGCAGCUGCGGGAAGGCAAUGGCAGGCUGCAAGGUGAAGCUGGACAACGAAGACAAAGGACACGGAGAGAUCUGUUUCUGGGGGAGGAACGUCUUCAUGGGCUACCUUAACAAGCCUGACCAAACAAAUGAGGCAUUGGACCAGGACGGAUGGCUGCACUCUGGCGACGUGGGAAAGUUUGAACGAAACUUUCUGUUCAUCACAGGGAGGAUUAAAGAGUUAAUCAUCACAGCAGGAGGUGAGAACGUGGCGCCUGUGCCCAUCGAGGACUUAAUGAAGGCCGAGGUAAACAUCAUCAGCAACGCCAUGCUGAUCGGCGACAGACGCAAGUUCCUCACCAUGUUGCUCACGCUCAAGUGUGUUGUGAAUGAAAACGACGAACCGACGGAUCAGCUGACCGAAGAGGCCAUAAAAUUCAGCCGAGAGAAUGGCGUGAGUGCCACCAAGGUGUCGGAGAUCAUUGACAACAAGGAGCCAGCUAUCUACAAGGCCAUCCAAGAAGGCGUGGAGCGUGUCAAUGCCAAGGCUACGUCAAACGCACAGAAGUUCCAAAAGUUUGUCAUCCUGGGAAAAGACUUCUCCAUUCGUGGAGGGGAGCUCGGGCCCACCAUGAAGCUGAGGAGGCCUAUUGUCGUCAACAUGUACAAGGACAAAAUUGAGGAGAUGUACUCCGAGGAAAAAAUCUAAAGCUCCAUUGAAGACCUCCACCAAUUUUCUGUCAAGAAAGAAAAGGACAACUUUGUAGCUACAAACGAAAAGCUGCUCCCCAUUGUUGUUGUUGUUGUUGUUCCAGAGAAUUAUUUAAGUUCGCCCUAAAACCUUGACGUGCACUAUUUUCCUUUAUUUUUGUAAAUGAAACCACCCAGAGCGUAACACUAAGUCACAUGACUCACUCAACACUUAAAGGGGAACUUCCCUUUUUUUUCGGAAUUUCACAAUUAUUAUGAAAGACAUGACGAAAAAUGUAUUUUUUUAAUGCAUUUUAACAUGUAAAUAAACAUAAAUAAAAGUAUGCUUACAGCCCUCUAAUUUGUGUAUAAAACUCCAUAAAAUGGUUCUCGCCCGGAAAAGGGUGGAGUGCCAUCUCCGGGUUGGGGAGGAGCCCCUGCCCCAAGUGGAGGAGUUCAAGUACCUAGGAGUCUUGUUCACGAGUGGGGGAAGAGUGGAUCGUGAGAUCGACAGGCGGAUCGGUGCGGCGUCUUCAGUAAUGCGGACGUUGUAUCGAUCCGUUGUGGUGAAGAAGGAGCUGAGCCGGAAGGCAAAGCUCUCAAUUUACCGGUCGAUCUACGUUCCCAUCCUCACCUAUGGUCAUGAGCUUUGGGUCAUGACCGAAAGGAUAAGAUCACGGGUACAAGCGGCCCAAAUGAGUUUCCUCUCUCCCUUAGAGAUAGGGUGAGAAGCUCUGCCAUCCGGGAGGAACUCAAAGUAAAGCCGCUGCUCCUUCACAUCGAGAGGAGCCAGAUGAGGUGGUUCGGGCAUCUGGUCAGGAUGCCACCCGAACGCUGUUUAGGGCACGUCCAACCGGUAGGAGGCCACGGGGAAGACCCAGGACACGUUGGGAAGACUAUGUCUCCUGGCUGGCCUGGGAAGAGCUAGACGAAGUGGCUGGAGAUAGGGAAGUCCGGGCUUCCCUGCUUAGGCUGCUGCUCCCGCGACCCGACCUCGGAUAAGCGGAAGAUGAUGAAUGGAUGGACUCCAUAAAAAACAUCCAAAAACCGGCAACAAUACAAUGUUUACAUUUUGUGACUUGAAUAUUAAACAAGUAUUAGUGAUAUUGUUAUUAUAAGCGCUAACACAGACAAACUAAUUAUAGCGCCGCCGUGAUCACGAGCUUGUGUGCCAAUGUUGACAUCCUUGUUUCCUUGCUCGUCACACUUUAUUGCGGAUCAUAAAUCAUGCCUCUCACCUGGAUGGUAGAAGAAGAAGUUGGUAAAUUUUGACAGCCAAUUUAGAACGACACGAAAAGACGCUUGGUUCCACCCCCCUCAUUCUUCAUUUAAAUGGGAAUAUAUAACAUCCUAGCAGUCUGCAUCCUAAUGACAGCAGACCUUGUACAGUACGUGAUUAUUUAUUAUGUUUGUCGGCUCUCAUAAAGUUUGCACUGAGAAGAAAUUAGUGAUGUCGUUUAAGAAAAGUUAACAUUUGUGCCACAUGCUUAAAAUGAUCAAAAUACGUAAAUAUUAAAUGUUAUUAUAAACGUGCCCGUACACUUACAUCAUCUUAAUGGAGGUGAUUGGAAGAUUUUAAAGGGCUUCACAGGCAGAAUAGAAUUUAAAAUGCAUCAAAAAAAUACAUUAGUCGUAAUGUCUUUCAUUAUGAUUGUGAAAAAUAGGCCACAUUUCCCAAAAAGUUCCCCUUUAAAGCCACGUUUGGCUGGCGCCGGUAGACUCACUCGGCAUUCUAUUAGGAACAUCGUAAUUGUAAAAUUAAUAGGAAUAUGAAUGAUAAAUAUAGUAAAAAUCAUGAUGAAGGGCAUGCCUAUAACCAUGUUUCUACUUGGGAUUGUCUGGUGAGUGACUGUAGUCUUAAUAAUAGUCUUGUAGUUUUGAAUUAAUCAGGGUUUCGCUGACUUGAGUUGAGUUUUUGUUAUCUGGUUGCAAACUGUCAGAGAAAAACGAUGUGUACUGUUCUAAUAAUUACAAGACAGAUGUGCAAUUUGUAAAAAAAAAAACAAAAAAAGUGUUAUGUUCUUUAUAGUAUUAUUGUAAAUGUACAGUAUAUGUCAAGGAAGCCACUUUCUAAUUUGGAGCAUAGCUCCGGUUGGUAGAGCGGCCGUGCCAGCAACUUGAGGGUUGCAGGUUCGAUUCCCGCUUCCGCCAUCCUAGUCACUGCCGUUGUGUCCUUGGGCAAGACACUUUACCAGCCGGCUCCCAGUGCCACCCACACUGGUUUAAAUGGAACUUAGAUAUUGGGUUUCACUAUGUAAAGCGCUUUGAGUCACUAGAGAAAAGCGCUAUAUAAAUAUAAUUCACUUCACCUUCAGAAGAAAAAGUUUGGGAAACCCUGCAUGUUCAACAAAUUGAAACCUCUUUUUCAGUAAGGACUAAUAUUUGGGAUUAUUAUAUAUCCAUUUUUUGUGAGAAAUAUUGAAUACGGUUGGUAGAGCGGCCGUGCCAGCAACUUGAGGGUUGCAGGUUCGAUUCCCGCUUCCGCCAUCCUAGUCACUGCCGUUGUGUCCUUGGGCAAGACCCUUUACCCACCUGCUCCCAGUGCCACCCACACUGGUUUAAAUGGAACUUAGAUAUUGGGUUUCACUAUGUAAAGCGCUUUGAGUCACUAGAGAAAAGCGCUAUAUAAAUAUAAUUCACUUCACUUCAACUUCAGAAGAAAACGUUUGGGAAACCCUGCAUGUUCAACAAAUUGAAACCUCUUUUUCAGUAAGGACUAAUAUUUGGGAUUAUCAUAUAUCCAUUUUUGUGAGAAAUAUUGAAUAUGGUUGGUAGAGCGGCCGUGCCAGCAACUUGAGGGUUGCAGGUUCGAUUCCCGCUUCUGCCAUCCUAGUCACUGCCGUUGUGUCCUUGGGCAAGACACUUUACCCACCUGCUCCCAGUGCCACCCACACUGGUUUAAAUGGAACUUAGAUAUUGGGUUUCACUAUGUAAAGCGCUUUGAGUCACUAGAGAAAAGCGCUAUAUAAAUAUAAUUCACUUCACUUCACCUUCAGAAGAAAAAGUUUGGGAAACCCUGCAUGUUCAACAAAUUGAAACCUCUUUUUCAGUAAGGACUAAUAUUUGGGAUUAUCAUAUAUCCAUUUUUGUGAGAAAUAUUGAAUACGGUUGGUAGAGCGGCCGUGCCAGCAACUUGAGGGUUGCAGGUUCGAUUCCCGCUUCCGCCAUCCUAGUCACUGCCGUUGUGUCCUUGGGCAAGACACUUUACCCACCUGCUCCCAGUGCCACCCACACUGGUUUAAAUGGAACUUAGAUAUUGGGUUUCACUAUGUAAAGCGCUUUGAGUCACUAGAGAAAAGCGCUAUAUAAAUAUAAUUCACUUCACUUCACCUUCGGAAGAAAAAGUUUGGGAAACCCUGCAUGUUCAACAAAUUGAAACCUCUUUUUCAGUAAGGACUAAUAUUUGGGAUUAUCAUAUAUCCAUUUUUGUGAGAAAUAUUGAAUACGGUUGGUAGAACGGCCGUGCCAGCAACUUGAGGGUUGCAGGUUCGAUUCCCGCUUCCGCCAUCCUAGUCACUCCCAUUAUGUCCUUGGGCAAGACACUUUACCCACCUGCUCCCAGUGCCACCCACACUGGUUUAAAUGUAACUUAGAUAUUGGGUUUCACUAUGUAAAGCGCUUUGAGUCACUAGAGAAAAGCGCUAUAUAAAUAUAAUUCACUUCACCUUCAGAAGAAAAAGUUUGGGAAACCCUGCAUGUUCAACAAAUUAAAACCUCUUUUUCAGUAAGGAUUAAUAUUUGGGAUUAUUAUACAUCCAUUUUUGUGAGAAAUAUUGAAUAUGGUUGGUAGAGCGGCCGUGCCAGCAACUUGAGGGUUGCAGGUUCGAUUCCCGCUUCCGCCAUCCUAGUCACUGCCGUUGUGUCCUUGGGCAAGACACUUUACCCACCUGCUCCCAGUGCCACCCACACUGGUUUAAAUGUAACUUAGAUAUUGGGUUUCACUAUGUAAAGCGCUUUGAGUCACUAGAGAAAAGCGCUAUAUAAAUAUAAUUCACUUCACCUUCAGAAGAAAAAGUUUGGGAAACCCUGCAUGUUCAACAAAUUGAAACCUCUUUUUCAGUAAGGAUUAAUAUUUGGGAUUAUUAUACAUCCAUUUUUGUGAGAAAUAUUGAAUACGGUUGGUAGAGAGGCCGUGCCAGCAACUUGAGGGUUGCAGGUUCGAUUCCCGCUUCCGCCAUCCUAGUCACUGCCGUUGUGUCCUUGGGCAAGACACUUUACCCACCUGCUCCCAGUGCCACCCACACUGGUUUAAAUGUAACUUAGAUAUUGGGUUUCACUAUGUAAAGCGCUUUGAGUCACUAGAGAAAAGCGCUAUAUAAAUAUAAUUCACUUCACUUCACCUUCAGAAGAAAAAGUUUGGGAAACCCUGCAUGUUCAACAAAUUGAAACCUCUUUUUCAGUAAGGACUAAUAUUUGGGAUUAUUAUAUAUCCAUUUUUGUGAGAAAUAUUGAAUAUGGUUGGUAGAGCGGCCGUGCCAGCAACUUGAGGGUUGCAGGUUCGAUUCCCGCUUCCGCCAUCCUAGUCACUCCCGUUGUGUCCUUGGGCAAGACACUUUACCCACCUGCUCCCAGUGCCACCCACACUGGUUUAAAUGGAACUUAGAUAUUGGGUUUCACUAUGUAAAGCGCUUUGAGUCACUAGAGAAAAGCGCUAUAUAAAUAUAAUUCACUUCACCUUCAGAAGAAAAAGUUUGGGAAACCCUGCAUGUUCAACAAAUUGAAACCUCUUUUUCAGUAAGGGCUAAUAUUUGGGAUUAUUAUAUAUCCAUUUUUGUGAGAAAUAUUGAAUAUGGUUGGUAGAGCGGCCGUGCCAGCAACUUGAGGGUUGCAGGUUCGAUUCCCGCUUCUGCCAUCCUAGUCACUGCCGUUGUGUCCUUGGGCAAGACACUUUACCCACCUGCUCCCAGUGCCACCCACACUGGUUUAAAUGUAACUUAGAUAUUGGGUUUCACUAUGUAAAGCGCUUUGAGUCACUAGAGAAAAGUGCUAUAUAAAUAUAAUUCACUUCACUUCACCUUCGGAAGAAAAAGUUUGGGAAACCCUGCAUGUUCAACACAUUGAAACCUCUUUUUCAGUAAGGAUUAAUAUUUGGGAUUAUUAUAUAUCCAUUUUUGUGAGAAAUAUUGAAUACUGAUUGUAGCUGAGAUAGGCACCAGUGACCCCAAAGCGGUAGAAAAUGGAUGGAUGGAAAUUGACUCUAAACGGGCGUCGCCAAUCUGAUUCGUCUGUGUGGACCUCAUGCUGAGAAAAGAAGUGUGUAUUAUGAAGACUUUCUUGGAGACAUUCCUGUGGUUGUACUGUGUACAGUUGAGGACAUGAUCAAACAAACUGUGGCCAAAUUUUCAGUUCACGUGAUUUUUUUGAUUUUUUAUUGAUGAUGGUAUCUUUUAGCAGGAAAUGCCGCACAAACUGUAAGAAUGUGUGUUGCAGGAUAUUUUUGCAGCCUUUUUAAACGAUCCGAACACUGAGCAUACUAUAGAUCACAAUUAUAUUUUUUGGGACGUAGAGCUUGUUUUGAAAAUGUCAAUAAUGAAUAUUUCAUUUUGUGUCAUUUCCCGCUGAAAGAUCUAUGCCCCUCGCUGAAAAAAGGCGCUCUUGGCUUCAUCUUACUUCUUCAUUAUUGAAAAGCUCGUUAGGUAAACCAUAACUCAGACAGGAGUCACUCAGAGAAAUGGGAAAGGUAGAGGAUGUGCGUAAUUACACGGAAUGGAGCCUGAGGUGACCAGGUGUUCAGUUGCAGUACGUACAGUACUAGGAGCAAGUUUCUAUUGCACAUUCCUGAACUUAUAACAUUCUUGGAUGUAUUUGUUUCUUUUUAUCAGAUUAAAUUUGGAACAAAAAUGUC